AUGGCUCCCAUACUGGCGGCUUACAUAGCGAAUAUUGUACCUGGAAGCCUAGAGGCUGAUGUUGAUCAUCUCUGGACGAACAUCCUCGCAUACUAUUUCCCUAUCUCGGAACGCUAUGGAGUUGAACGGGAAGCCUAUAUCCGAUCACGAUCACAGACAAAGGCAAACGUUUGCGUUAGUACCCUGAGUCGAAAUCUCAUGUUCAAGGCAAUCAUCGUGGAGAACAAAAGGGCUUCGUCCUCCCAAACUGGAUUUCCACCACCUACCUCCUGGAUUCAUGCCACUAGUCAACUUCUAGGAUACAUGCUAUCCCGCCGAUCUGAACAGCCGCGGGGCCUUGCAAGUCUAUUUGGAAUAGUAGGUAUUGGAAGGCUCCGGCAAGCAAAUACCGUGCUUGAGGAUUAUGAUCAAGAUGGAUUGAUCUACCACUUAGUUACUGAUAAUGACGUGCUUGAGGAUUAUGAUCAAGAUGGAUUGAUCUACCACUUAGUUACUGAUAAUGAGGCUAUUGAGCAAAUACUCUUAGCGAUGAAAAGGCCUUCGCUUCGUCUUUCCGCCAAGGUGUAA